AUGGAUCCUAAGUCGCAAGCCAACGCCUUGUCCGAGAGUCGAUCUGUUCGCCAUGAACUAGAAGGCAUAUGUUCUCAUGAUCACGGGAAUGAGGGCCACAAGUUGCGCCAUCACAACAAUUCUCUCGAAGAAAACAUUUCAAUUCCUUCAAACUCCAGACAUGCCGAGCAGGCCAUUGCUCCCUUUCUGGCCAAACACAUUCCGACACAGUACAACCCUGUCGGCCACCUGGUGCCACAGUCCACCAACACUGAAUUCGAUCACGCUCACCACCAAGACGCUUCAAGUACAAAGUUCUGCUACCGUCACCGUCCCGACCUGAAGUGCAGACGUCAAGCCAACGAGCCCUCUAUGGAGCAACUCCAGAAUGAACUCGGUACCGUCUCUCAAUCCGACCAGCAAGCCAUCUCCCAUGUCUGGUCUCUCUUCUCCGCCGCCCCCUCCAAACAUCGCAAUCUCAUGCUUCAGGGCAUCCUGUCGCAAUGCUGCUUCCCCCAGCUGUCCUACAUCUCCGCUUCCGUUCGCGACCUGAUCAAGAUCGACUUCCUUUCUGCCCUACCGCCAGAGCUAGGCUUCAAGAUCCUCUGCUUCCUCGACACUACUUCGCUGUGCAAGGCCGCUCAAGUCAGUCGACGCUGGAGAAGCCUUGCCGACGAUGACGUCGUCUGGCACAGAAUGUGUGAGCAACACAUUGACCGAAAAUGCACAAAAUGUGGAUGGGGUCUGCCUCUGCUUGAGCGCAAACGACUGAGAAUCGAAAAGAGACAAAUACAAUUGCGCGCCAUCUCUCGAGGAAAUAACGAGUGGUCGCCAGCCAUUACCCCGCUUGUCGAAGAUCCUGUAUCUGUUUCCAGCACCACAACUGCACCAAUGAACAAGGCUCUUGCCAUUGUCGGAGAGAAGCGCAAGCUUGAAGAUGAGCCAACUUCACCGCAGAAGAAGUUGUGCACCCCAGCAGCGGGUGAAGACGAGGUCAACUCAUACUUUCAACCGCAAACAAGAAGGCCUUGGAAGGAUGUAUACAAGGAUCGUUUCAAGGUUGGCACCAACUGGAAAUAUGGCCGAUGCUCGACAAAGAUUUUCAGAGGCCACAAGAACGGUGUCAUGUGCUUACAAUUCGACGAAAAUGUUCUGAUCACUGGAUCUUAUGAUUGCACAGUAAAGGUAUGGGACAUCAAGACAGGAAAAGAGUUGAGGACACUCGAGGGUCAUACUUCAGGCAUUCGAACAUUACAGUUUGACGACCAGAAGCUCAUUACGGGAUCCAUGGACAACACGACCAAGGUCUGGGACUGGCGGACUGGAAAAUGCUUGAGAACAUUCCAGGCUCACACAGGCGGUGUGAUUUGCGUCAACUUCGAUGCUGGCUACAUUGCUUCAGGCUCGAUGGAUCACACUAUCAGAAUCUACGAAGUUAAGAACAGAGCGUCCUAUCUGCUCAAGGGUCAUACCGACUGGGUCAACGCUGUGAAGCUCGAUGUGGAGUCACGUACACUGCUCUCUGCUUCAGACGACUGCACAGUUCGUUUGUGGGAUCUGGACACCCGCCGAUGUAUCAAGGUUUUCGAAGGACACGUCGGGCAGGUGCAGCAGCUGGUAGCUCUUCCUCCGGAGUUUGAGCUUGACGAGGCCGAUCUGCUCUCUGGAGAAAACGAGGAUGACACGUCUUCUACCUCUUCAGGACCGUCGCUUGCUCACAAGCACUCUCACCACCCAGCAACAACAUUCAACGAAAUGGUGGCUCCAUUCUGGCCUGACGAGCCCGAGCGCCCAGCGCCACCUCGAUACAUGCUUACUGGUGCUUUGGACAGCACGAUUCGUCUGUGGGAUGUGCACGCACCUGCUCCACCUACCACCAACGCAUGCUUACGUACAUACUUCGGACACGUUGAAGGUAUCUGGGCGCUUGCAGCAGAUCACUUGCGCAUGGUUUCAGGAUCAGAAGAUCGUACAGUCAAGAUCUGGGAUCCCCGCAGUGGCAAGUGCGAAAGAACAUGGACGGGUCAUGCUGGACCUGUGACAUGUAUUGGACUGAGUGACAGUCGACUUGUGUCUGGAAGUGAAGACUGCGAGGUGCGCAUGCUAUUGUUUAACACAGGAGAAGGAAGCGAAGGCUGCGAAGAGAAAUGA